AUGGAGACAAAGAAAAGCACCAGAUUGUCCAGUUUUGUUCCCAUACAAAAUAUGUUUUUCUUUGAAGUCAGUAUUGGGAUCAUGGCCAACACUGUCCUUCUUUUUCAUUUCCUCACAGUUCUUCUGCAGCACAUGCCCAAGCCCACUGAUCUAACCACUGGUCACUUGGCCUUUAUCCACUUAACUAUGCUCCUAACUGUGGGUUUCAUGUAUAUAGAUAUUUUUCAUUUUCAGGAUUUCUGGAAUGACAUCACAUGCAAAUGUGUUCUCUAUUUGUACAGAUUAAUGAGAGGUCUCUCCGUCUGUACCACCUGCCUGCUGAGUGUCCUGCAGGCCAUCACCCUCAGCCCCAGAAGCUCCUGCCUGGCCAGGUUCAAACAGAAAACCCUGCAUCAGAACCUGUGCUGCUUUCUCUUUUUAUGGGUUUUCAAUAUGAUCAUCAGUAGUCGUUUCUUAAUCUCCACUGUCGCCACCCCUAAUGUGUCUUCACAGAGUCUUAUGUUUGUCACUGAAUCCUGCUCUCUUUGGCCCAUUAGUUACUCAGUCAAGUACAUGUAUGUUUCACUCAUGACCUUCAGGGAUGUGUUCUUCAUAGGGCUCAUGGUGCUUUCAAGUGGGUACAUGGUAAUUCUCUUAUACUGGCAUAAAAAGCAGUCAAAGUACCUUCGCAGCAUCAGCUUGUCCCCCAAAGCAUCUCCAGAACGAAGGGCCACCCAGACUAUUCUGUUGCUCAUGAGUUUCUUUAUGAUCAUGUACUUUUCAGACAGUGUUAUUGCUUCCACUUCUGGAAUGUUGUGGAAGAAUGUCCCCAUUCAUUAUUGUGUCCAAAUGCUCUUGGCCAAUGGCUAUGCCACAGUCAGUGCUUUGGUGCUAAUCAGUACUGAAAAACUGAUAACCAAAGCCUCAGUAUAUGUAGGGAAGGUCAAUAAAUGUUUGAUUAUUCAUUGA